ACUCUCAUCUUAAACCAAACCAAGAAGCUAAGAUUAACACACCAACCCACUAGAAACAUGAAAACCCUUAACAAAGCCUCAUUACUCUUAUUCCCUCUCUUGUCCCUUUCCUUAUUUAUCAACCAUUCCCAUGCAGCAGGAAUCGCUGUGUACUGGGGCCAAAACGGUGGAGAAGGCACCUUAGCAGAAGCUUGCAACACAGGAAACUACCAAUAUGUGAACAUAGCCUUCUUGUCCACUUUUGGAAAUGGCCAAACCCCACAACUCAACCUUGCUGGUCAUUGUGACCCUAACAACAAUGGUUGCACAGGGUUGAGCAGUGAUAUCAAUACUUGCCAAGACCUUGGCAUCAAAGUGUUGCUCUCUCUUGGAGGUGGUGCUGGAAGCUACUCCCUCAGCUCAGCUGAUGAUGCCACACAACUUGCAAACUACCUCUGGGAGAAUUUCCUUGGAGGCCAAACUGGAUCAGGGCCAUUAGGUGAUGUUAUCUUGGAUGGCAUUGACUUUGACAUUGAGUCUGGUGGGAGUGACCAUUAUGAUGACCUAGCCAGGGCACUAAACAGCUUCAGCUCACAGAGUAAGGUGUACUUGUCCGCAGCCCCACAGUGCAUAAUCCCUGAUGCACACUUGGAUGCUGCCAUCCAAACUGGGCUCUUUGACUAUGUGUGGGUUCAGUUCUACAACAACCCUUCAUGCCAAUACUCCAGUGGAAACACCAACGAUUUGAUCAAUUCAUGGAACCAGUGGAUCACAGUGCCAGCUUCUCUAGUCUUCAUGGGGCUUCCUGCAUCUGAAGCAGCUGCUCCAAGUGGUGGCUUUGUGCCUGCUGAUGUGUUAACCUCUCAGAUUCUUCCUGUGAUUAAACAGUCUUCAAAUUAUGGUGGAGUCAUGCUUUGGGACAGAUUCAAUGAUGUCCAAAAUGGUUAUAGUAAUGCUAUUAUUGGAAGUGUUAAUUAAUUAGUUAUAGACAAACUAUGCAUGUUAUUAUUCAGUUAUUUAAAUAAUAAUCACCACUACUUGUGAUUGGUUUUGUUACUAUGUAUUGAAUGUGCUGUGAACGCUACAUAUGUUUAUUGUCAUAUGUGACUUACAAGUUACAUGUAAUAAUUAUCAAAAUAAUAAAAAUCUCAUUGAGAAGUGUCAUUUUCAUCUUUCAA